GGGAAGCAUUUUCAUGCGCCCUCGCAGGUCACUUCACUCUUCACUCUGUCCUCUUCCUCCUCCUCCUCCUCCCCCUUCUUGUCUCUCUCCGGACAAUGCCUCUCUCCUAACCUCAAAAAUCCCACCUUUUCUAUUACCGUCUCAACCUCUUCUCUCAAACUACGCAAGAUGUUUCUGAAAAAUCUCUCAUUUUCCGUCUUCUUUGUCUUACUCUUCCUUCCUUUGUCUAAACCAGAUCUCGCCGCCGACCGGGCUGCUCUCCUUUCUAUCCGCUCUUCUGUCGGUGGCCGCACCUUGUUCUGGAACAUUUCCCAGUCCACCCCUUGUUCUUGGGCGGGCGUUUUAUGCGAGGGUAAUCGUGUUACUGUCCUGCGCCUCCCUGGAGUGGCCCUCUCCGGUCAACUCCCCACUGGAAUUUUCUCUAACCUUACGCAACUGCGUACUCUUAGUCUCCGUCUUAAUGCUCUCACUGGUCAGUUGCCUUCAGAUCUCGCUGCUUGUACCAAACUCAGGAACCUCUUCUUGCAGGGAAAUAUGUUCUCCGGCGAGAUCCCGGAGUUUUUGUUUACUUUACAUGAUAUUGUGCGUCUUAAUCUGGGUGAGAAUAACUUCACCGGUGCGCUCUCUGUGGGUUUUGGAAAUUUUACGAGAUUAAGGACUUUGUACCUGGAGAACAACAGGUUAUCUGGGUCAAUUCCUGAUUUGAAGUUUGAGAAGUUGGAGCAAUUCAAUGUGUCAAAUAAUUUGUUGAAUGGCUCUAUACCUGCAGGAUUUCAGGCUUUUGACUCUAGUUCUUUUCUGGGUAAUUCGCUAUGUGGUCAACCUCUUGAUUCUUGCGCUACUGGUCCAAAUGGUACUUUGGUGGUGCCUAGUACACCAACUGACGAAGCAGGCAAUGCUGGUAAAAAGAAGAAGCUUUCCGGUGGUGCCAUUGUUGGUAUUGUGAUUGGAUCUGUAGUUGGAUUCUUCUUGCUUGUCUUGAUUUUGAUGUUUCUGUGCCGAAAGAAGGGUAGCAAGAAGUCAAGAUCGAUUGACAUUGCGUCGAUUAAACAGCAAGAACUGGGGGAGAAGCCUAUUGGGGAAGUGGAGAAUGGUAGCGGGUACGGGAAUGCUAAUGGAUACUCAGUUGCCGCUGCUGCUGCAGCAGCAAUGGUGGGGAAUGGAAAAGGAGGAGCCGAAGUGAACGGAGCUGGGGCCAAAAAGUUGGUGUUUUUUGGUAAAACAUCGAGGGUGUUCGAUUUGGAAGACUUAUUGAGAGCUUCCGCGGAGGUUUUGGGAAAAGGAACAUUCGGGACUGCGUAUAGGGCGGUGUUGGAGGUAGGAACUGCGGUGGCCGUGAAAAGGUUAAAGGAUGUGACCAUUUCAGAGAGAGAAUUCAAGGAGAAGAUUGAGAUGGUGGGAGCGAUGGAUCAUGAGAGUUUGGUCCCCUUAAGAGCUUACUAUUAUAGCAGGGAUGAGAAGCUUCUUGUUUAUGAUUACAUGCCUAUGGGAAGCUUGUCUGCCCUUUUGCAUGGAAACAAGGGAGCUGGUAGGACUCCAUUGAACUGGGAAAUUAGAUCUGGUAUUGCCCUUGGAGCUGCCCGUGGUAUCCAAUACCUACACUCUCAAGGUCCCAAUGUCUCCCAUGGAAACAUCAAAUCAUCCAAUAUCCUUCUCACUCAAUCCUAUGAAGCUCGAGUAUCUGACUUUGGACUUGCUCACCUUGUUGGUCCUUCCUCUACUCCUAACCGAGUUGCUGGCUACCGAGCACCAGAAGUGACUGACCCUCGCAGAGUUUCCCAGAAAGCUGACGUUUUUAGCUUUGGCGUAUUGCUAUUGGAGCUGCUGACUGGGAAGCCCCCCACCCAUGCCCUUUUGCAUGAGGAAGGUGUGGACCUUCCCAGAUGGGUUCAGUCCAUAGUUCGAGAGGAAUGGACUUCAGAAGUGUUUGAUCUUGAGCUCCUCAGGUACCAAAAUGUCGAGGAAGAGAUGGUUCAGCUCUUACAGCUUGGAAUAGAUUGUGCAGCCCAAUACCCUGAUAAUCGUCCAUCAAUGUCCGAAGUAACUAGUCGAAUUGAGGAGCUACGUCGUUCUAGCCUACGUGAAGAUCAAGAUCUACAGCCAGAUGUAGUUGAUGUGGAUGAUAAUUCUUCUCGAUGAGUUGGCUGCAUCACUCCAGCAGGGAUUGUAAAAGGAAUUUCAUUGCUUUGUUCAUGCCCAUAAUUAUCAUGUUUAAUCUUGUCCUUUAUUAUUUGUUUGAUCUGGGGCUUAUCUUCUUUAAUUAGGAGCCAACUGUCAUUUUUUUUUUUCUUGUUUUCCCUUUCCAUUGUACUAGUUUUCCUUUCCUUUCUUUCUUUUUCUCUUUUAAUUAACACUUUGGGGAGGAUAUCUGCUGCUCUAUUUGUUCUUGUUGGGUGGAAAAAACGGUGGUUGUAAUUAUUACUUUGGCUUUUGCUCUUGAUGCAA